AUGGACCCUAGUACGCUUCCUCCAGCACUCCGAGACAGCAUCCAGUGGGCUGGAAACGGGGUGCUAACAUACUACGACCCUGAUUUCCCGUAUGCGGAUCUAUCUCCGCAACGAGUUAAUAGCGCCCGGGAGACCUACUCCACUAGCGACGAUGAGUAUAUUGUAGAGGGUACUUAUCAAUAUGCUGAUACACCUUUGCCCCCUUCUUGUCGGGUCCAGUACCCGUAUGGGCCUAAGGAGGUCUUCGCGGCUUUGGUAAGAGAGGUCGCCAACUCGUCGAGCUCUGACAAUUCCCCUAGCUCGCCUGGCACUGUAGACUCUCCCGGUUCAUCCCAGGAUGAGAGUUCCGAACCCAGUUCGGAAUCCGAGGACGAUGAGAUGCCCUUACCUGUUCGCCCUCUCAUCCGUCGCCGAGUGACGACAGAGAGCUAUAGAGCUCCUGAGCCGGAGCGGCCGCGGCAACGGAUUGCCGACCACGAGCGUCGGCAUCCGCGUCACCAUAGCCCUUCGCCCCCACGGGAACCACCACGAGAGUGGCGAGAAACGCGACAGGGGAGGGCUUUUCAGGGGCCAGCAGCUCAGCGGGUGCAAGAAGGGGUUAGCCAUCAACAGCCGCAGCUCCCUCGCCCCAGCACUCAUGGUGAGCAAGGGCACCGAGGUCAGAGACCUUCAGUAAAUGUAGGACAAAGUGCUCCGCAAGAUUCGUUACGGGAAAGGUUUGAGAACCUACGUGUGCGAUCGGAGCCGUCGUCACCCGAAGGCCCGGCCGAUCCGCCUUCAAGGCUUGUACCGUCCCAGCGGAGAUCCUCUAGGCCGGAGAACCCGAGGCGUACAGACACCUACGCUGGGUCAUAUUCGUCUUCGGGGCGGCCCCGUCGGAUAGGGGAUUUUGCCCGACCGCCAGCAUCGGAGGCUCCACGUCCUCUUGCACAGCCGGCUCUAUCCACACCAAGGCGUCAAUCCGCCAGGCCGGAUCCAAGGCGGAGGGUCACUCACGCGGGUACUUCGUCUUCUUCGGGAAGGACCCAUGGAAGCCAAGAAAAUCGUCCGGUGGUGCAGUCACAUGAAGCCUCGCAUGCCCCCGCACAACCAAGGCGCUCGGCGUCACAGCAUCAGCCUACCAGGCCAGCGGCUCCAAGGCGAGCGACUACGCAUGAGAGCUCCGCUACUAUCGCUUCCUCUUCAAGCCAGUCUACCCAGGACCAGAGCAGCCUCGCGGCCCAUCUGAGCAUCCUAGAUGCCCAAUAUCGUCCAGGGUCGAAGUUGAUGAAAGAGGAUGAUGUGGGCUCGAUGGUCGUCCAGGUCCACGUAGACUCGGCCUCGGUCUGCCGGCGUCGCCGUCGCCAGAAGGAGCGUGAGAGCCGGCCAGCUCCACCUCCUGAGCCCAAGAGUUCUCGGCUUGGUUUCUUGAAACAUUUCACGAAAAAGAAGUAG